UCGAGUCAGACGUCCCACGUGUUCUGCUUAAGUAACUCGCUCGAGUGUAUUGAGUUGGCUGUGUGUUUCGAUGGAGGUAUAAAAAAUUAUUUUACAAUCAAAUAUAACAGAGUAGGAAUAUUGCUACAGAUCCACAAUAACUAUGUUAAAAUGUUUUGGACGUUUCAGUGUUCCUUAUAUCAUCCAAAGACAAUUGGGCCACUCUGCAGGCCUAGGAUUCCACUGGUACUGCCCAUCGAAUAAUAGCUGUAGAAAUUCACUUUUUGUAGCAGCACAAGAUAUGAAUUGUUGGCCUAGGCCUAGUCCGGGUAGUAAAAAGUUAUCGAAUAAUUUUGUUCGUAUCCAUUCAAGGCAGGUUCAUGUCAGGUUUUGCAAUGAAUGUUAUAAGGAGCAUCAUGAUGUCACACACUUUUUGUAUGGCAUAAAUAGACGAUUUUAUUCAAAUGAAAACAAUGAAUAUAUGAAGUUGGCAGAGAGAUUCCGUAACGAUUCUGAGGCAAAAUCAUAUAUGCAAGAGUUGUUGACGGAUUUUGAACGUUUGGAACCAGUUACAGAAGAGGAACGGACAAUUGUACAACCAAAUUUAGAACCUAGUCCCACUUUAAAAGAGGACAAAGAUGAACAUUUUCAGAAGGAUGAAACUUCAAGUUCAGAAACUAGGACGUCUGGUUUAGAAGAAGUACGCCAGGACAUCAGAGUCAACCAACAUCAAGUUACCGAACUGUCUGAAUCGAUGUUAGAAAAAGAUCAAGUUGGUAAGGAUGUAUUUAACAUUCAAGAGAUAGUUGAUUUGCUAAAAGAAGAGAAUGUGGCUGAUCUUUGCGUGAUUCAACUGCCAAAGAAGAUGAGGUAUGUCGACUACAUGGUGUUGGUUACAGGAAGAUCAACCAGACAUCUGAAGGCAAUGGCACAACAUUUGAACCAAAAGUAUAAAGAGAUGAAAGCUGAGUAUCACAGUUACCUGACCAUUGAAGGAAAAGACUCCACUGACUGGAUGUGUAUUGAUUUCGGAAAUAUAGUGGUCCAUUUCAUGCUUGAAGAAGCUCGAGAAAUCUAUGAACUUGAAAAAUUAUGGACACUUGGUCCCGAAUUCGACGAUCAAUCUCAAAGGAUGAAUGUAUACGAGAUGAGGAUGUUUAACAUGGACCAUGACCUCAAGGUCAUUGACCAAGAAAAGGCAACCACUGAAGAGGACAGUAUAGAUGAAAAUGGUGUAAUGGAUGAGACUAAACCAUGAACUGAUUAAAAAUCUAAUAGAUACAAUGAUCAGACACACCAUUGGGAUUCACUAUUUUGACUUUUAAAUAAAAUCAUUAUCAGGAUAAUAGGUUCAUAUUCUUAGUUUUAGUUCAAUUUUUUAUGAAAAAAUUUAAAAUAUAUAGCUAGCAAAAGAAUAAAUAUGAAGUGUGGUUAUUAAGAGCUCACAGCAUAUAAACAGGCUGCUGUGCGGGAAGAAUGACUAACCCCCCCCCACCCCACGCCUUGCACAGUCUGGCCCAAAUGCCAAGGGAAGAGGGACAGGCACUCCGGCUUGUGAGCCCCGAGCUUUAAUAAAUAUACUUGACAAGUUGAGAACAUUUUGGAAAGAACUACAGUACAUCAUUUUUUGAUGCCAGUAAUACCUCAGUUAUAAUAUAAGUCAUAGGCAGAAAUAUAAGAAUAACAUAGCAUUGCUAAAAAUUACUUACGCUAAAGUGGGUUAAAUAAUUCAAAUAACCAUCAAUUCUCAUUAGAAUAGGGAUUUAUUUCCACAUUCUUAAUUUUUGCACCCUUCCCCCAAGACCAAAACCAGCCUAUGCCCCUGUAAACGAAAGUUGAGCUGUGAAUUACAAAUUUAAAGAUUGGUGUCUCAUUGUGUCAAAUUUCAAAUAAACAAAGAAGACAAGCUUUUGUUUGGUGAUCACUCCAAAAGCCCCAGUUAUGAAUUUAAUUUCUUAACAUUUUAUAGUAAGCCAGUGCCUGAGAAAAAUCUGUGACAGGUCCAGGGCGUUGCAAAAUGGCACUCUUCUUUCCUCCUAGCAGCAGCCAAAUAAUUAUCCAGUGAAAUGCCAACAAAACCGACACUUCCAGGGAAAAUAGCUACCCAAAUCUUUACUACUAUGAUAGGUCCUCAAAUGCCACUUGUGCUUUGAGUAUUACCACCUAAAAUCUAAUCGGCAUAAUAUAUGGCAUCUACUGUACAAUAUAACAAACACCUUCUUUGUAUUAAAAUACCGUCUUGGUGUUAACAAUCAUACAAAUAUUGUAAAAGUAUUGCGUGGUGAAUGUCUAUUGCAGUAAAGUUAGCAUAUACACAAAAUGAGUAAAAAUUAUAUGAUGCGUAUUUCUAAAUAAUGAGCUGAUUACUGGAGUACCGUAUUAAACGUCGAACGGAAGCCCUUCUCUAUUUUUGCAAACUUUGGAUGGACUUCUUUUCAAGGCUUCUUUUGCAAAGUAAAGAGGGUGGGGGGGGGGCUUCUUUUCAAAAGUACUGCUGUAAAUUUUGGCAAUUACUACUAAAAAACAAUCAAUAUGCCACUGUUUUAUCAGUCUGUAUCAUGGAGUGUGUCAACAGGCAUUAAAUUACCUAAACUACUGUGUAUACCAAGCGUGUUUUAAUGUAUUGUUUCUUUGAAAUUCAUGUAAAGUGAAAAGAAACCGAUGCUAUCUUGAAAAGAGCCCAUGGGCUUCGUUUAGAGAUGGGCUUCUUUUUUAGGCUAAUUCGCAAACUAAUAAUUGGGUGGGAGCUUCAAUUCGAGAUGGGCUUGUUCUCGAGAUUCAGCCCAUUGGGCUUCCUGGCUCUUAUUCAAGAUGUUACUGUAUUUUAGUUACUUUAUUCCAAUAUCUUAGAAUAAUUAAGGACAUAAAAGUACAAACAAUGAAGGUAAAAAACAUAAACUAUUCGACCCCUCUAACUUGAUAGAUAUUUCUGUAAUGUCAAUGAAAUGCCAAUGAAACAACUGACCAAUCAGAAAAGCACUAUGAAUACGCACAUGUCCCCCAUUAUGUUUCCGUACGUUUACAUUGUCGUUUUAUGAGACCUUGCAUGCAACAAUUCAGUUUUAACGUAGAAAUCGUACGAAAAAUGUUUAAACCCUUAAAUUGUCUAGUAAAUCUGUUUUAUACCUUCAUGGUGAAAUUUAAUGGUUUAAAUAAAUAAAUUUCUUCAAAUUUAAA